CACCACAGCACAGAGCUACUGGGAUCUACUGCAACUAGCCAUAGAGCUGGCCAUCUCCUCCAACAGACAAGUCCCCUUCACUCUCCUCAUGGAUUCUGACGCCAGCAUGGGCUCCAGUCGAGCCUCCUCCCCCGAGAUGGAUGACCUGUACCUGCACAUGCGGAAAGGAAGCGGUUUUUCGGCGGCCGUGUCCUCCUCUACCAUGGGCGACUGCCCCGCGGAGCUGAGCGCCGAGCUGCGGAACGCCAUGGCCAUGGCAGCGGCCGCGGGGGACAAGCUAGGGGCGUUCAAGGCGGCGGCCGCGGCAGCCGCAGCGGCAGCGGCCAAGAAGGACAGGAAGCAGAUGAGCGAGCCGGAGCUGCAGCAGCUGAGGCUGAAGAUCAACAGCCGGGAGAGGAAGAGAAUGCACGACCUGAACAUCGCCAUGGACGGGCUCAGGGAGGUCAUGCCCUAUGCCCAUGGUCCAUCCGUGCGCAAACUCUCCAAAAUCGCCACCCUGCUCCUGGCACGUAACUACAUCCUGAUGCUGACCAGCUCCCUGGAGGAGAUGAAGAGGCUGGUCAGUGAGAUUUAUGGGGGGCACCAUCACCAUGCAGCUGCUGCAGCCGCUGCGGCAGCCGCCUACCACCCAUCAGCCUGUGGGGGCAUGAGCCAUGCAACUCCUUUAUCUGGACACCCAGUUGGCCACCCUGUCCACCACCCUCUGCUUCCACCCACAGCUGCUUCCCUCUCAGCUGUCAGGGCAGCCCCACCACCCCCACCCCCUCCUCCUGCCCCUCCAUCCUCCAAUCAUGUCUCGCAUGGUCUUCUCAAGGCCCCCAGCCCAAGUUCUGUCCCUUUGGGUGGAGGCUUUCAUCACUGGAGUGGCAUGCCUUGCCCAUGUAGUAUGUGCCAGAUGCCCACUGCAGCUCACCAUCACCUCAGUGGCUCCAGCUUACCCAGACUCACCUCUGAUUCCAAAUGACUUCCGUGGCAAAAAAGCCCUUUAGAACUUUCUAUGUACUUACCAGUCGGCCACGACUUGGAGCAAUACUGCCACCAGGCAGAGUAGAGGACUGCCCUGCAGCUUUUAGGGGACGAGUAGAUCAAUGCUGGAAGGACAUGUUCCAUGAGGACUCCCCUUUAGGACAACGAAAUAUGGCAAAGAGGGGGGAAGGGACCGAUUAAAGUCCCAUACAAAUACCAAGUAGACUGAGGUGGUUGGUCGUAUCAAAAGUGGCACAGACAAUACCAUAGUGCAGAAUGCUUUACUCAUGUAUGGUGAAGUCUGUACGAUCAUACAAUAGACACUAGUGUAAAGUGUUGAACAAUUUAAAGGAUAAGUCAGCAACACAUGCGAUUUUUUAUCGCGUCCACUUACCUACGAAGGAACGAUCUACGAAUAAAAGCACAAGCCUAUACCAGGCCUUCUACAUACAUCAGCAACGAUUUGAUCACUGGUGCAAAAUCGCACAUGUAAUGGUGGCAAUACACGCUUCAAUUUUUUUUAUCCCGAUCGAUGUGCGAUUUUCGAUCAACACAAUCGAAUAGGCAAAACUUUCCUUGCAAUCGAUUUAGACUUGCUUUAGAUCAGUAAAGUCUAUUGGCCAGGGAGGAAAAUGAUCAAUCAUUUUACAUCCUUAUCCCAUUGAUUCCAUCAAAUGGUUAAUACCGUCCAUUCCAAUCAAUUUAACUGAGUCUAUAGGUCAGGGCAGAAAAUGAUUGAAAUUAAUAUUCUUAUGUGAUCAAUGGGUGCAUAGGUGUGUGCAGCCUAUUGCAUUAGGGUGUGCACCCCAAAGCUCAAACACACAUCUAUGUGUGUGUGUGUG